AUGGCAGACUAUAGUUCCGCAGACCGAUAUUAUGGUGGCAGACAACCUGGCUAUCCUCAGCGCCAGCCCCCGCAGCGCGAUGCUGCUUUCCAGAACAUCUUUGGCGGUGCGCCGCCGCCGGGACGAUCGCAAACAAUGACAAGUGAUACUCAGUACUUGAUCGAUCAACAGCAACAGCAGCAGUCGCAUCCGCGGUUGCAGAGCUUGACAUCGUCAGGCUAUCACCCGGACCGACCGCCGCCACAUCGUGUUGUGCAACCAAGUUAUGAUCGCACCAAUGGUUCGGCACCAGGUCCACCUGGGCCAUAUAUGUCGAACGGCAUGAGUGGUACGGGGGCUGGAAGGAUGCCGCCACCUGUAAAUCCGCCUUAUAUGGGUCGACCACCAUACCCUCCGCCGCAGGGCAUGGCACCCGGUCCUGGAGGUCCUAUGCCGCCAUACCAGCGAAAGCCGGUUCCAAAUAGGAUGCCACCUCCUGCAAUGAACAAUGACUCCUAUCGAUCACGGUCAAUGGUCCAGGGUGCGCCUGCAGGGCCGCCGCAAUUCUCACGACCGCCGCAACCAAUGCAAGGCACUGCUGGUGCUUUUCGUCAGCAACCUUACCAGAGUAUGGGUCCUAGGACAACUUCACAAGGAAGGGCUAUUCCAGAUCGAUCCUCAGACAGAGCAAUGACCAUGGGCAGCUAUUCGAGUGGUGCUGAUGGUGAUCAUGUUGCGCAAUUGACUAGCGGCAGAAUCGUGCCCGGGCGACGGCGUGAGUCAGGCUCGGAUCCCUUUUCGGACCAUCAUACCCCACUCAUCGAGAAACAAUCCUACAACAGCCCGACUUCUGUCACUUCCACAAACUCGACAAACAGUCUGCCAGUUCGUCGUCCUCCAAGCAAUGGUAGCAGUACUUUGAAUACUCCUGGCAGAAGUGUUUCCGCUGCUUCUGCCGCAUCUGGCGCGUCUGCUUACUCAAAUCCUUUCAGCGAUUCAAACACUCUCACCAAUGGUCAAGAUCCAAGCCGCGCAGACAGCAUGAGGUCCAACCGCCCGACAAUGGGAGCGGCACAUUCGAGCCAGAUGAGCGGCGGCAGCGACGCCAUGGUACGAGUUGCACCUGUCGCUCAACGUCGCUCACCUUUGGUCUAUCCUGCACUCUUGUCGCGAGUCGCCGAAGCCUUCCAAGAACGAAUUCCUCUUGGCCCUCGCACCAAGAACGAUCUCGAGUACAAGAGUGCCUUCACUGGUGCGGAAGCCGUUGACCUGAUCGCGUAUAUCAUCAAGACUACCGAUCGCAACCUGGCGCUUCUGCUUGGACGUGCUCUGGAUGCGCAGAAGUUCUUCCACGAUGUCACAUACGAGCACCGUCUACGAGACGCCCAAGGCGAGGUCUACCAAUUCAAGGAGACCAUUGGAGAUGACAACACCUCGAAGACUGGCACUGUAGAUGGCGUGUUCACUCUGCUCACCGAGUGCUACUCUCCUACCUGCACAAAAGACCAGCUAUGCUAUUCGAUCGCCUGUCCAAGACGCCUCGAGCAACAAGCUCGACUCAACAUGAAGCCUCAGCCGGGUCUACGACACAGCGCCUCAAAAAGCAGUCUCCACGACGAAGACCAAGAGCAGAAGCUUUGGAUCAACAGUGUGCCGAAAGAGGUCGCCGACAAGAUAGACGACAAAGAGAAGAAGCGACAAGAAGUCAUUUCAGAACUCAUGUACACUGAGCGCGACUUCGUCAAAGAUUUGGAGUACCUGCGAGAUUUCUGGAUACGGCCAUUGCGGGGAUUGAGUGCCACAGUCAUGUCACCUAUCCGCGAGGAGAAGCGAGAGAAGUUUGUCCGCACUGUCUUUGGCAACUCACAAGAAGUCUUGGCUAUCAAUUCGAAGUUCGCGGAUGAGCUAUCAAAGAGACAGAAGGAGCAGCAUGUUGUCAACCAUGUUGGUGAUGUGUUCCUUCGAUGGGUUCCACAAUUCGACCCCUUCAUCAAAUAUGGUGCCAAUCAGAUGUACGGCAAGUACGAGUUCGAGCGAGAAAAGAGCACAAACCCCGCAUUCUCGAGAUUCGUUGACGAGACCGAGCGUCUCAAGGAGUCUCGCAAAUUGGAGCUGAACGGCUAUCUGACCAAGCCUACGACUCGUCUAGCUCGAUACCCGCUUCUCCUCGAGGGCAUCCUGAAGUACACCAAGGAUGAUAACCCAGACAAGAAGGACAUUCCAUUGGCUAUCGGUAUCAUCCGCGACUUCCUUGCAAAGGUCAACGCCGAGAGUGGCAAGGCCGAGAAUCACUUCAACUUGUUGCAGCUCAGCCAGCAACUCAAAUGGAAUCCUGGCGAGUAUACCGACCUCAAGCUGACCGAAGACAAUCGUGUCAUUCUUACGAAAAUGAGCUUCAAGAAGACUCCUGGAGACUCGGCCGAAGUCAUCGUAUAUCUGUUCGAUCAUGCAGUUCUCAUGUGCCGAAACAAGAUGGUCAGCAAGCGCGAAGAGCUACGAGUCUAUCGCAAGCCUAUUCCGCUCGAGCUGUUGAUGAUCGCUGAGAUGGGAGAGGUCAUUCCUCGGCUUGGGAUAGCUAAGCGUCCUUCGUCAGGUCUUUUGCCAGGUGUCAAAGCGCCGCCCGCGGGUCAAAAGGAGGUGUAUCCUAUCACAUUCAAGCAUCUUGGGAAGGGCGCAUACGAGCUUCAACUUUAUGCUCCGUCCGUCACUCAGCGAAAGAAGUUCAUCGAGAUGGUCGAGGAGCAGCAGACCAAGUUGCGACAGCGAAGCAGCAAUUUCUACACCAAGACCAUCCUAUGCGAGAACUUCUUUAACUCACAGAACCGCGUUAACUGCCUGGUCCCUACUGAUGGUGGUCGCAAAUUGGUCUACGGAUCCGACAAUGGUGUCUACACUGCUGAUCGCUGGCCAAAGGACAAGUCUGUGAAGCCCAAGCGGAUCCUGGACGCCCCACAAGUCUCACAGAUCGAGACGCUCGAAGAGUAUCGCCUUCUCCUGGUCCUAUCGAACAAGAACCUCCAAUCAUACCCCUUCGAAGCUCUCGACCCACAGAACCAGAACAGCAUGGCCAUCCGCCCGAGGAAGAUCCAAGGACACUCCAACUUCUUCAAAGCCGGCAUCGGUCUCGGCCGCCACCUGGUCUGCACCGUCAAGACGUCCGCCCUCUCCACGACGAUCAAAGUCUACGAGCCAAUCAACAACAACGCCGAAGGCAAAAAGAAGCCCGCCCUUUCAAAAAUGUUCGCCAGCGGCCAGGAAACCCUGAAACCCUUCAAGGUAACUAGAUUCUUCUCCUCCUCCAGCCGCAAACCCUACACUAAGCAAGCUCCCGCUUCUGACACCGUCCCCUUGACCCUGAGUGACACUCCCAACUCCCCCAUGCCACAAGACCCAUAUGGAAAUACCCCCGUACUCACAUUCAUGCCCCACCAGGAAUUCUACAUUCCCUCCGAGUCCUCCUCCGUCCACUACCUCCGCUCCACCCUCUGCGUCGGCUGCGCCCGCGGCUUCGAAGUCGUCUCCCUCGAAACCACCGAGCGCCAAUCCCUUUUGGACCAAGCCGACACGUCCCUCGAUUUCGUCACCCGCAAGGAAAACGUCAAGCCCAUCCACAUUGAGCGCCUCAACGGAGAAUUUCUUCUCAAUUACUCUGAUUUCAGCUUCUUCGUGAAUCGGAAUGGAUGGCGGGCACGACAGGACUGGAAGAUUGUGUGGGAGGGAACGCCGCAGAGCUUCGCGCUGAAUUAUCCGUACAUACUGGCGUUUGAGCCGAGUUUUAUUGAGAUAAGGCAUAUUGAGACGAGCGAGUUGUGUCAUAUUAUCACGGGGAGGAAUGUUAGGAUGUUGCAUAGUAGUACGCGGGAGAUUCUCUAUGCGUACGAAGACGACAAUGGAGAGGACGUGAUUGCCAGUCUGGACUUCUGGCAGCAGGCGCCUUGA